AUGCACGUCCUUGAACCCACGGAUUCUGCCCCAGCCUUACAGCCCAAGGUUCUGGUGAAGUUGCGCUGGCCACAAGCUCCACGUCUCGUGCUGGCAGACUUCGGCCUAGCACGGGCGCUGCACGUGCCGCUGAAGGUUUACACGCACGAGGUGGUCACGCUGUGGUACCGCCCUCCAGAGAUUCUUCUUGGUCAGGAGCAGUACGGCACGGCCGCUGACAUCUGGUCGAUGGGAUGCGUGCUGGCGGAGAUGGCCACAGCCCAGGCUUUGUUCCCUGGCGACUCGGAAAUCCAUACCAUCUUCAAGAUCUUUCACAUCCUUGGUACGCCCACGGAAGAGGUCUGGCCCGGAGUCACAAGUCUGGUCGACUUCAAGGAAAGCUUCCCGAGAUGGCGCGGCACUGGGUUUGCAGAAGUGCGCGCUCGAGCACCGUCGUUCGGCGAGGACGGCAUAGACUUGCUGAGGCAGUGCCUUCGCUAUGAACCCAGUAUGCGGACCUCAGCCAGGCGUGCGCUGUCGCAUACAUAUCUGGUACCAACCUCGAGGUUAGGGGGUUGA